UUYAAGCAAUGGCGGUAAAUCAAAUCCCGUUUGUARCAGUGUGMAGGGCCCACURCCSUCUGGGAUUGGAACGUCUAUCUACUGCCAUCAAAGCAUGAUGGGACGGUUCUUGACUAUCACGUUUGACAAUCAUUCGGAAUUUCUCACAUUGUGUGAAGUUGAAGUUCACACUGAAGAUUAUACGCGAUUAGCCAUUGGUAUAUCCAAUAGCAUCGCCGUGCCAGACAACAAAAUGUCGGCAAGUUCUAAUUAUAGCAACACGAGGGCUGCAGCCAAAGCUAGGCUCCUUGGUAACAGCUCCUGGAGACCACGUGACGAUGAUACCAACCCAUGGUUACGAAUAGACCUUGGAGAGAUUUACUACGUGUUUGCUGUGGCUACACAAGGUGACCCGAACAAUGACGAGAGGACAGUAAAGUACAAAGUUAAAGGAUCUAUAGAUAAUAUUAAAUGGGUGCCUGUAGAAAGCAAAACUUUGGAAAAGGUUUUUACUGGUAACGAAAAUCAGGCGACAAUCAUCAUCAAGCAUUCCUUGCCAAGUCCUCUAGCAGCUAAAUUUGUACGGUUCUAUCCUGUAGGAAAGAUUGAAGCAUAUGCCCUUAGAGUAGAAAUAUAUGGUGUUACCAAAGAACCAGCUCAACCGAUACCACCACCGAUAGGGAACAAAAAACUGCAUCCCAGUAACGGUUCGCAUGCAGACUUGGUGUGCAGAGCAGAAGGAGGACUGAGCAUCAAAUGGUACCAUAACGAUACAGACAUUACAAGUUACUCUAACGGUACAGCAAGAACAGGAUCAAUACUCAUAUCAACAGUACGUGUAAACUACACAUCAGCUGAGGAUGUUUAUGACAAAUAUUCUUGUGACAAAGCGCUAAGACACUGUACCAGUUUGGACUACAUUUGCCAAGUCGAUUAUGGUUCAUACAGAAAACUGCAAAGUAGUGGAAAAAUAUCCACAUUAUUAGUGCCCACGAGACCAAGACAUCUUAACGCCACAAUCAACCCUCAACGUGGGAUCCAAAGACCAACUGUAACGUUGAAGUGGGAGAAACCAAUGAGAGCCAUUGGAAAUAUAACAAGCUAUACCCUAUUUUAUAACUAUGUCAUUGAUAAAAAUAGCAAUAUGACGUCAUUGACCAUUACGGAUUUUACGAGCAUGAGUUACACGGUUAAUGUGAUUGGUGGAGCUCAUUUUGAAUUCUAUUUGAAAGCCAAUGCAAAUGGUCUUAUUGGAGAUCCCUCUGAAACCUGGACUGCAAACAUUCAAGAAUGUAAACCGUCAUCUGCUCCAGCAAACGUAAAAGUGAUCAAGAUUGAAAAUGGAAAAUACAACGUGUCAUGGGAAGAAAUACCCAGAGAGCUAAGCAAUGGUAAGAUUAUUGCCUACGAGAUAAAUUGGUCUUCCUUGACUAGACGAAUGCGUCGAUCACCUGUGGUAUCCCGUGCAGCUAAUGCUAGCGAGUCACCAUACAUGCUGGUGAGCAUAAGCCUUACAGACAACAUGAAGUACAACCUCACUGUACGAGGAUACACCAUUGGAGGUCCUGGUCCAUUUAGCGAAACUAUCGUUCUUAAAAUAGUUGAUUGUCGAGACCUUGCUCUUGGCAUGCAGAACAGAGUCAUGCCAGCUGACAAGAUUACAGCAUCUUCAGGGACAGCAGGUGACCAGGCCAGACUAAACUACACUAAUGGAACAUCGUGGUGUGCUAUGGGAAAUGACACUAGCCCUUAUCUACAGAUUGACUUAGGGACCCCCCACAUCAUCUGUGCUGUGUCAACACAGGGUGACCACCAGACAAAACGAUGGGUCAAGGCAUUCCAGCUUAAUUGUUCUGAUGAUGGGAAGACUUAUCAUCCAUACAGAGAGAAUGGCAAAGCACAACAG